UCGCAAUGUCGCUGAACCUCAAGAAGCAGUCGCUUGGCUCUCUCGACGUCAAGGGUAAGCGCGUGCUCAUGCGCGUGGAUUUCAACGUGCCGCAGGACAAGAGCGGCGCCAUCACCAAUACCCAGCGCAUCGUUGGCGCCAUGCCGUCCAUCAAGCUGGCACUGGACAACGGCGCGAAGUCUGUAGUCCUCAUGUCGCACCUUGGCCGCCCGGACGGCCGCGCGCAGCCGUCCAUGACCCUGAAGCCGGUGGCCGACAAGCUCGCGGAGCUGAUGGGGAAGCCCGUGACGUUUUUGCCGAACUGUGUCGGCGCAGAGGUGGAGGCCGCGUGCGCCGAUCCGGCGGAGGGCUCCAUCAUCGUGCUGGAGAACCUGCGCUGGCACGUCGAGGAGGAGGGCAAGGGCGUCGACGAGAGCGGCGAGAAGACCAAGGCGUCCGAGGCGGAGGCCGCGGCGUUCCAGGCGUCGCUCGGGAAGCUCGGCGACGUGUACGUCAACGACGCGUUCGGCACGGAGCUCGACGCCUUCUCGCAGGUGCUGGACCCGGCGCUGGUGCAGCGACCGCUCACGGCCAUUGUCGGAGGGGCCAAGAUCAAGGACAAGGUGCUGGUGAUCGAGAACCUCAUCGACCGCGCCGACAAGCUCAUCCUCUGCGGCGGGAUGGCGUACACAUUCCUCAAGGUCUGCUUCGGCAUGCAGAUUGGCAAGUCCCUGUUCGACAAGGUCGGAGCCGAGCUGGCCCCGAAGCUUCUCGAGAAGGCCAAGGCCAAGGGCGUCGAGAUCGUGUUGCCGUGCGACUGGGCUUGCGGACAGGAGUUCAAGAACGACCAGGAGGUCAAGAUGGUGACCCAGGCAGAGGGCAUCCCCGACGGCUGGGAGGGCAUGGACUGCGGCCCCAAGUCCAUGGAGCUCUUCCGCCAGACCGUCAUGAGCUCGAAGACAGUCGUCUGGAACGGCCCCGCCGGCGUGUUCGAGUUCAACAACUUCUCCAAGGGCACCAAGUCGCUCCUCGAGGCCGUCGCCGAGCUGACGGCGGCGGGCGGCCGCGGCAUCAUCGGCGGCGGGGACUCGGCCACGGCGGCGGCCAAGUGGAACAUGGAGGACAAGGUGCACUUCGUCUCGACCGGCGGCGGCGCGUCGCUGGAGCUCCUGGAGGGCAAGGUGCUGCCGGGCAUCGCGGCCCUGGACGACCUCGCCUGA